UUUAGAUGUCAUUUAUUCUUUAAAUAGAUCGAUUCACUUACUUGUGAUAAACAUUUAACUAUAUAGUAUCUACUGAAUGCAGCUAUUUUUCACACAUGUUAACAAUUGUUUUCCAUAAUAUCCCACUAUAAUACAAUCAUAACCCAAACUAUCAUACAAAAUUUCGGCAUCCAAAAUGUUUUGAUACAUUAAAUCCUUUUGGAAAGGAAUAACAUAAAUAUGAAUCACAAAGAGAUGCAUUUGGUAACAAAAUUAAUAAGUAAUGAGAAACACAUGGAGUAAGAGAUACUUUUGUAAUUAUGUCUUUACCACCACUAUUUAGCUACCACUUUCCGUCAUACGUGAAAAACUGUUUUAAUAAUGAAGUAUAUAUAUUGUGGUAUCACCCCGAAUUUACGCAAAGCCGUUAUCCACCAGGACAAAAAAUAAGCGAAGCCUGUACACUUAUAUGUUUGCUUGUGGCUGUACAAAUAUCAAGAGAAAAUCUGUCAAUUUAUGACAUAGAAAAUUGUCCGAGAUUAAAUAUUAUUGUGGCAAAGGCGAUGAUAGAGGGUAAUGCGACUCAUGCAUGGCUUAUUAAGAAAAGGCUUAUAUCACAUCCAUACUUGAAUACCGAAGAUGCUUUAAAGCAUGGGGGCCAGAGUUUAAAUAUAUUAAAAGAAUGGUUCAAUAUCUUUAACGAGGAGAUAGGGACAAGCCUAUACAAAAAUAUAAAUGUAUUUUUACAUGAAUGGUACAAAAUUCCAAAAUCUCACACCUUGUUUAUGCUACUAAUCACAUGCGGACGUACUAUAUUAUUUAUAUUUCAAGAAAGUACCAAUAAGGUCACUUUGUUCGAUUCGCACAGUCACACUACAGUCGAUCACUCAAAUCAUGGAUUAGUCAUAGCUCAGACGACUAUUGAUAGAUUGGAAUCAUUAUGCAACUGGUAUAUUCAGGAUGUAUUAAAGAAUUGUUACAAUAUACAAGCUAAUAAGUACGAAUUAGCCUUCUUAUAUUCUUGUGAUACACAAUGCAAUGGCUAUAAUAGGAUUUGCAAAUGUAAAAAAUCUUGUAAAAUGUAAUAA